ACCUCAGGUCAGUUUUACACGUGAAUCACCGAAGAAAAUCGUUUAGAGGAAGUGGCUUCAAUCCGGGGUCCAAAAUAAACACACUCGGGAGAUGUGGUCGACGUUGUGACACGGGCUUGUCAACACAACUAGAUAACUUUACCACACAAUCUGUCUCGAAAUCUUCACCUUUUUUUUUUUAAAGACGACUCCAACCAAUCAGAUCCGCGCUGGAGGAGAGACGCGCCCACAAGAUGGAGGCGCUGUGCUUCCGGCUGCCGGGCCACGGGGACGCCACGCUGAAGCACAUGAACGCACUGCGCUCCCGUCAGCACUUCUGCGACGUGACCAUCGUCGCCAGCGACAACCAGACGUUCCGGGGCCACAAGGUGGUGCUGGCGGCGUGCUCGCCAUUCCUCCGUGACCAGUUCCUGCUAAGCCCCGCCUCCAAACUACAGGUGUCCCUGCUCCACAGCUCCUCGGUGGUCUGUAACCUGCUGCUCUCCUGCUACACGGGGGUCCUGCAGUUCGGCCCCGAGGAGAUCGUCAACUACCUGACGGCCGCCAGCUACCUGCAGAUGGAGCACAUCGUGGAGCGCUGCCGCGGCGCGCUCAAGAAGUACAUGCUGCACCGCAGCCCCGCCCCCCAGCCCAAGAUCAAGACAGAGGGUCUCUCCACGCCCGUCAUCGCGAGUGGCACCUCCAUGUCGCCCCCUGCUGGCCACGCCUCGCCCUCGCAGCCGGCCAGCCCUCAUGGGGGAUCUCAGGACGAGCACGGCGAAGGGCCGGGAGGAGCCGGCGGUCACCAUGGCAACAGCCCCCUGCUGGACGAGUCGUGCAUUAAGGUCAACGCCUCGGACGAGGAGGAGGCGGCGCGGCGGGAGUACGAGCUCUUCAACGUGUACCCCCCCGACGAGGAGGAGGAGGAGGAGCAGCAGCAGGGGGGGGCGGAGGGCCCCCAGGACGACAGAGGGGGCCCCUCGGACGCCUCCCACGGAGACCCCUACUCCGGCAUGGACGGGGAGCUGGUCGGGGUGAACCCCUCGGAGCAGGAGGAGCUGGAGAUGGGGGGCUUCCUGCGCGACAACCUCUCCAUGGCGGCGGCGCGCGUCUUCCGCCGCCGCUACUCCGAGCCCCGGGCCGGCCGGGCCCGGGGGCGGGGCUUCAAGAAGAGGAAGUGGGCGGGGGCCCAGGAGCGACGGCCCCUGGGUCUGGCCGGCCCCCACCCGGACAUGUGGUACCCCGGCGGCGGCGGCGGGGCGGGGGGGAUGAUGGGCGGCGGGGGGCCGUACGGCGUGGACUACAGCCGGGCGGACGCCAUGAGCGCGGCGGCGGCGGGCUACCUGGGCGUCGACCUGCCCCCGAUGGACUUUGGCGGCGGCGGCGGGGAGGCGCACGCCGACGACGUGGCCGCCAUGGCGGCCGCCAGCGACAUGCACCACCGCUUCCUGCUGGGCGAGGCGGUGGUGGGCUCCACCUCCAGCGUGGGGGCGGGGCCGGUGAUCUGCGACCACUGCGGCGUGACCUUCCCCUCGCCGCACGCCCUGGCGGCGCACGUGCGCGCCAGCCACCUGCUGUACGCGUGCCCGUGCUGCGGCAAGCACUUCCAGAGCGCGCCCAGCCUCACGCGCCACAUGGCGGUGCAUCGCGGCGGCGCCGGCAAGAGCCACCAGUGCCCGCUGUGCUACAAGACGUUCACGCAGAAGUCGACGCUCAUCGACCACAUGAACCUGCACAGCGGCGAGCGGCCGCACCGCUGCGCCUACUGCCACGCCCGCUUCGCCCACAAGCCGGCGCUGCGGCGCCACCUGAAGGAGCAGCACGGCAAGACCACGGGGCAGAACUCCCUCCACGAGCAGGAGGAGCGCGCCCGCGAGGAGGGGGUCUUGGAUCUGGGUCUGGCUCUACCUGAAGUGAAGGGUCUUUUGAGCCAAGCGGCUUCGUGA